GGCAAAUCGAAUGUUACUGACCUGAUUGCUAACACCAGGCUCUGACAUUAUGCAGCACGAUCGAUGAUGCUCUGCAAAGCGAAUCUGAGUUUCGCAAGUGAAUUUGGAUAAGGUGCAGAAAUUAUGGCUUCACGUUGGAGCGCUUCUGGGCCGAUACCGUCAAUGCACAUCUGAGCGAGAGGCCCCAACAGCCUUUGCAAGUAGUCCUGACUGAGCGCCAAAGUGAAAGUCAGCUGCUCCUCGUAGUAUAGGUGGCUUUCUUCAUCGUUUCGAGCGUGCUGCUCUUGUUCCGUGCAUAUCUAUACCGUCAAUGCCUCAAUCAACAAGUACAAACAAUACAGCACAAGCGAAUUCGAAGGUCGAGUCAGCAGUCAGUGUUCCGAGUCGCUCCGUCUGCGAUAUGCAGAGAACGGAUGUCCCGUAUAUGGGCAUCCCACGUACGAAGGUUGCGAUCGUCUUCCGGAAGGCGUGUGAGCUUCGUUCCGGAAACCCAACGCCGAGCGACGUGAUUCAGCAGACAGAGACAGAUCUGGAAAACGAUGUAGUGUCGGCGAUACUGGAGGCAGCUCUCCGCCUCCUACCGGUCGACAAGACUCCAAAAGGAACCGAGCAGCGACAGCAAAAAGCAGAUGAAAAGCGCCACAAAGCGAUGGUUGCCGAGUGGGCCUUCGUCGAUCAGCUCUGCUCGCUCGACAAUGAGUUACUGAGGGAGCAGGAGCAGAGGGACCAAAUCAUAGCUUCUGUCCGGGACGGCAACAACAAUGUCAUCAGACUUACGCCUGACGUCCUCUUUCCGCGGCUGAAAUCUGUUUGUGGAAUCGCAUGCCGCUGGAUCGAGUACAAAAACACGUUUGGAUUUCGUGCAGAUCCCUUCGUUGCAGCACGCAACAAGAGGCAGCUUCGGAAAUACGUCGCGGUCUUUGGUAACGGUAUGGUCGUCUAUAAGCUUGGAUUCGAGUGUGACUUUCCUCGAAUCGAGGGGGUUUCAUGUCUGCGGGAGAAGGAAGUUCUGGAGUGGAUCGAGGCUGAGAAGGUUCGACGUCGAGGCGACAGCUAAAACUCCAAGACUCUUGGAGUUUUGAACCCAACAUUGGUGACACGAUUCCGCCUGAUAUUCAGGAUCUCCACGUGAC